AUGCUGAUCUACCAGCUGCUGCAUGUGGACAUCUCCCUGGGCACUGCCUUGGGCUCCAGAAGCAGCAGGCUCCCCGCAAUCCCCUCCCUGUCCAUCUACUCCAGCGGGCUGCGGCGCCUGGCCGGGCUGCUGCUCCGCGCAGACCCCUGCCGGAGGCUCUCCGUGCAGCAGGCCAGGAGCAUCCUGCAGGUGCUGCUCUGGGGACCUCGCCAGGAGCUCUUUGCCAGGAGCAAGAAGACCCUCAGGCUGCUCCAGAGCUGGGUGCAGGCGAAGAGAGCUCUGCUGCUGCUGCAGCUGGCGGAGAAGGCAGCGGGAGGGGAGGGCAGCCCUGGCCUGGAGGAGUGGCUCUGCUGCCAGUACUUCAAGGAGGUCACUGAGCACAGCCUCUACCAAGCCACCCAGGCCCUCUACACUCCCUGAAGGCAAGCUGGAGCUCAGCCCACCCCAAGGGACCCCUCAAAGGACACAGGCAGCGGCACACAGGGAAGCACCAGAGGCAGUGGCCAGGACCAAGCAAGCUCCUGGGCCACCCGCCCCCGGAGGAGGUCGCAGCCAGGCACAGCCACACUCCACAGCAGCGCUGCUCCA